CCCGAGCAUUAUUACACCUAUGAUAUGAGUCUCAAAUUAUCACAAUUGUGUGGAACGACCACUUUCAAGUCAUUUGAUCUUACAUUCAACCCUCAGUAUGUCUCUAGUAUUAAUUAUCGUUUCCAUAACGUUGGCUUCUGUUUUUUGUCAGAUUGAGUUUCAGUCGCCAAACUCAGGCCAAACAUACGGAUCUCCAGGAUGGUUGUACUCCACCCCAGAAGGUGAGGAUACUGCGUCAAAGUUGACAUCUUUGGUGACAGACACGAAAAACACGUGGGAGAAUUAUGUUACUGCUAUGAAGACCUCCAAUAACGCGUCCAAGGCUCUGGUGUUGUACGAGGAAGCAGGCGACUCAGUAGAGGGUACUGCCUGUGCUCCCAGCGAUGACGAUCAGUACCGCUCGUCUGUCAUAGAGAAAAUCUCCAACACCGUCGAGAGCUGCGCAGCCUUCAGCAACUUCACGUGUGGAGGUCACUUUUGCACCUUGAUAGAGCUGAUAACAGAAGCUCUGGUUGUGGUACAGAAAGCAGAUUAUGAACUUGAAUUACUCAGAGAGCUCUGCUUUUCGUUGAGAGUUACCCAACCACCAAGCUGUGUAGAGGACGAAAAUAAACUACUAGAGACUAUCAACAAUACCGUUUCCGUCAGUCAGUUGUCGAAAUACUACUACGAAAUAAGCGAAUCUUUAUUCCCUUCCAUGGCAAACCUCGUCAGCUGUGUAGAUCAUGGUGUAUUGCAAAUCCAAGCCGAGUUAGAGUUCAGAACACAGAGUCUGAUUGACUGCAGGAAUAGCUUAUAAAGAUAAAUAUUUAUUCGCAGUACGAACCCAGUUUACAAGCUAAGACUAUUAGUUGAAAUAGUUUAUAAAUUUAUUUAUGGAAUAACCUCUGUAUACAAUGUUUAUCUGCUUGAUAUCUUAAUUGGCAUUAACCUGAAUACUUCAUUCCAAUAAACAAUAUCUACUGCAUUUAGAUGUUAUUUGGAUGUGUUUGUGAUACUAUAUUAAUAAGUAAUAAAUGCAUUCAACAUUG